AGCCUGCGACGCCAUUUACACGCACACGCUUAAUCACGAACCUUGUCGCUUUUACGACCAGUUCGGCUUUCUUCUCCAGACGUCGGUUCCAACGGUGCUCUCGCCUUUCUUUCUUCCUGCAUAGCCUGGUGUGGCUUUGGCUUCUUUGUAAUUAACGGCAUCUGAUGGUCGUCGGAGGCAGGAGGAUUUUUGCUGUCCCGCACAGAUUACAAGUUGCACCACACCCGUUGGCCUUUUUCGGUUCCUUACGGGCUCUUCUUUCUUCUUCACCUACAUUGCAAUGGUUCGAGUUUUUGAGCGUUGCAGUUUGCAUUCUACACAGUGGCAGGUUUAUUGCCAGUUCAUUCAGACAGAGAAAAGAACAAAAAAAACCCUACACAUAUACCAGACCGAAAACGAAAGUCAGAAGGACAAUCAAAGUUGAAUUUGUUGCUGGCUGGCGUCAUGCCAGCCAAGCAUCCGCAUAUUGCUUGUGCCACUCCAAGACAGUGCCUGCACGUGACUGGUUGUUUCCAGAUGUCUCAUCGGUGCGCCGUGUUUCUGCUCUCCUCAUCUCCGGGUCAAUAUAUUUUGGCGAGUUGCGAGGGCCAGCAUGGCCCCAUCCGUCGGGAUAGAUGAAGUGGUUUCAUGCAAAGACAAAACACGGCAGGGCCAUAACCGGAUUUUUUUGGACGCAGCGGAUAUACACUCAGCCACGCCGUCAACGGGGGGGACGUUCGUCAUGCCCGCCCUAAGCACGCAGAACGGUUGCCCGGGAACGGGGGGGCUGGCGGCGGGGGCCUCGUGUUCGUUC